AUGACCAUGAAGGCAAAGCAGACAAUCAGUCUUCAAGAGAAACUUCGAGCGCGACUCCGCAAAGAGAUUCCCGUAUCAAAGGAGCGAAAAGUAACAUGGAAACUGGAGAAUCUCGCCGCAGAAGCACAGGCGUUGCAUAUCGAAGGCAAGGACAUACGUGCACAUGUCGAAACAAUCACCAGUCGAGUUGCGACCACUCUUCCGCCCUCAUCACCUCCGCCAAAUCGGGAGCCAUUGUUCCGUGCUGACGGUCAGACAGCGCCGCCGAGCCAAUAUGAAGCCGAACUCAAAGCCUACAAUAAUCUCCUGCAAGACUGGCAAGUCCACCAAAAAGACAUCAAGAAUUUCGGAAAGCGAGUCGAUCGAUUUGCAAUAGCUUUGAAGACUUUGAAGAAGAGAUAUGGUUCUUCUGGGUCUGGCAAGGCCUUUUGCGAUACAGACCAUCAACUUGAGAGUUCGGGCAAUGCUCUUCAUAAUCUUCAGGAGCAGAGGGGGGAUAUCGAGACGGCUGUGGCGAAGAUUCGGCUGCCUGUUGAGAAGACGAGAAGGUGA